UCAAUCUAGACAAAUUAAAUCAGACAGUUAUUGAAAUAAUUAAGAAACAAGAAAAAACAUGGGACUUAAUAAUUAUAAUCAAUAUUGUAUGCUUAUUACAUUGUUCAUUGGAUUAGUGCGUAACACAGUUUCAAUUGGCUGCAAUUCACGUUUACUUGCUGAUCGUAAUUUGGUCCCAGAUACUUCAUUUCAGCAUUCUAGUGCGGCUACUUUACAACAUGGAGCCUCUGCUGCUCGUGAAGAUCCAAAUGAUCCUAGUCUCCAGGAGCGUGCCUGGUGUCCAGAUGCUAAAGUCGGCAAAGAACUUCGGGAAUUUAUGGAAAUCGACCUAGGUCGUCAAAGUAUCAUCAAGUUAAUCAUAACAAAAGGUCGAGUAGCUCAAAGUAAAGGUAGACAAACAACACCUUAUUUUUACAUAAAAUAUCGACGUGAAUUAACGACCGCAUGGUUUGACUAUGAAAAAGAGAAUGGUACAAAACGCCUGGCCGGUAACCAGGAUGCAAUGACAGAGAAUUUCAAUACAAUGGAUCCACCAUUUAUUGCGCGUUAUGUACGCAUUUAUCCAUAUAGUUUGGAGCCAACCAAAACUUGUUUAAAAUUAGAAUUAUUAGGUUGUGAAGCAAAUGGUAUUUUAGAAUACAAAGCACCUGAAGGAGCAUCAUUACCUGAAACCAUUUCUCCUUCUCAUCAGCAAUACAAUAACAAUCCAUCAAAUGAGCGUACACGUUUACUAGAUACAACAUACGAUUCAAAAUCGCAUAAAUUUCGUUUAUUUGAAAACAGCCAAAAAGAUUUUAUUCACGAUCAGGCAUAUCAAACAAUCAUAGAAGGUGGUUUAGGCAAAUUAACUGAUAAUGAUACAGAAUUCAAAACCAGCACCAGCCCUUUUUCAAGUCAUAAAUUUAUUGUUUGGAGAAGAAAAUCAUCCACAAUACCAUUCAGUACGACAUUGUUAUCAAAUAAAUCAAUAGCUUUAAAACAAAUUACUGAAAUGGAAUCCGAUUUUCUUCGUAUCAUUUUUCGAUUUGACAUGAUUUAUAAUUUUUCAUCUGUACGACUCUAUGUAUCCAAUGAUUUUUUAGUAGGUUUAACUAUACCACGAAAUAUUACCAUUGGAUUUAGUUUUCAAGAUCCAUCACCUCAUUAUUAUUAUGGUCAUUAUGAUCAGAGUAAACAACAGAAACAUGAUCAACGGUAUGAACAAAGUGUACCGGCAAAUUCAUGGUCAUCAUCAAUCCUUUAUCAAUUGAUACCAGACAAACAAAACACUGAUUCUCGUUGGAUUGUAUUACCAAUACACGAAAUUAUCAAAUCAAAUCAUGCAAUACAGUCAGUUACAAGACAGAUAUCUCAUAAUCCAGGACAGUUAAUUCAAAACAAUAGUGAUGCAGUUCAAAUGAACAUAUUUGGAUUAGGACAGUUUGUAGAGAUUCGAUUAUUUUUCAAUAGUGAAUGGUUAGCUGUUGGUGAAAUUCUGUUUGAAAAUUUACAAAUGCCUGAUUUGAAAUUUCAACCAGACAAAAUGGAUUCCAAUGAAUUAAAUCACCAAGAAUCUCAAAUAACGUCUCCCAGUCUUCCAUAUUUACUCAGUGAACACUCUUCAUCAAUAAAUAAUCCUUUGGGACAAACAACAACUUAUGUACUUGCAAUAAUUUGUAGUCUUUUAGUCAUAUUAAUAUGUUUUGGUUUAUUUUGUUUAUUUUGUGUUUGGGGACGUGAACGUUUACGUGCACCAUUUCGUCAUAAAUUUAGCAGAACAACUAAACGAUUAAGCAGUUCUACACAAUUUGAUUCAAAUCCAAGUGUAAAUAAUAAAACAAAUGCUCAAUACGUAUCAUUAUUAACAGAACAAUUGAAAAUCAAUAAUCUUAUGAAUAAUGUAGUGGUGACUACUACAACAAAUGAUUCAGUCGGUGAUAUACAAUAUCAAUUUCAACAUCCACAACGAUGUCAAGAAUCAGCUGUACGACUUCCUAGUACAACUGCUUAUUUAGGUGGAUUUCAAUUUAUAACAAGCAAUGGAAUGACACCAUUAAGUAUUAACUUGACUACGAAUUCAUUACAUCCAACAUUUCAACCAGUUGGACUAGAUAAUAAUCAUAUUAAUCAUAAUCAUAAUUAUCCUACACAUAUAAACUCAAAUAAUCUAUUUAGUUCAUUAUCCAAUGAACUUAAUGGCAAUUUGAUAACAACAAGCAUUCCCGGUACAAAAUCAUUUGAUCCGAAGGAUUCACAUUCGAUUGUAUCACUUAUGACACCGAAUUUUAUUCAAGCUGGAUCUAUGACACCGAAUUUCCAUGAAACAUAUCUGCGAUCCGAUGAGAAUAUUUUAAACAAUAAUAAUUUUCGUAAACCAUUUCAUGACAAUUCAAUUUAUACAAGUCUACCUGGAUCCGAUUGUGAUUCUCAACCGUAUGCAAAAGUUGACACAAUGAACAAUACUCUAAUGCAUCAGUUUCAAUCGAAUAAUUCCAGCAUAGAUCUAUCUCAAUAUAAUAUUUCUUUCAAUCAAUGUAAUGGAGAUAGUCGUUUGUUUAAUCCAAUGAAUUUACCUCCACCACCAAGUCUUCCAUUGCCUCCAACACCACAACAUUUCACAACAACAUUAAUAUCAACGACAACAGCAACAACAACAUCAAUAAUGACAGCAGCAGCCGCAACAACAUCAACAACAACAACAAUUUGUUCACAAACCAUCAAUUCAAGAAAUAGAAGUGAUUCCAUGUCAUUAAAUAAAACUGUUAAUAACAACACAUUUUGUGCAUAUAAUUCUAAUGUCAACAAAUGUAUUUCAAAUAAUGAUAUAUCUACCUGGUUAGAUUCAAAUGGACAAUUUGUUUCCAUAGCUAAUCCUUUAUUUGAUAAUAAUUUAGGUGUAGAUCCAAUAAAUAUGAAUAGUAUAAAUAAUUUUCAAAAUUUUUCAGGAGUUCAAAAUUCAGAAUAUUCCAACUCAACCACAGAUGGUUCAAAUACUUAUAAUGCUUAUUAUGGUACACCAAAUAUGCUACCUUUAUCCAUCCCCACAGUUCAAAUGAUUACAAUUAAACGUUGAUAAAUCAAAGUGAAUACAUUUGGUUACAAAAAUGUUAAUUAUUACAAUUUAGACACAUAUUUUCUCUCUUCUAUUCUAAUCUAAUCUUAUCGAAAAUAGAACUAGUUUUGUUCCAAAACAAAAACAAAGCACACUCAAUCAAAUGUUUCAUUUGUUCAA